AUGGCCGUCGGAUUGACUGCUCCUCGUUCUGGUCGCAGCAUCAUUGGUUUUGAUACAAAAAUGAUCACCGUUAGGGGUCGAAGUUCUUCUGUUGUUUUACAACACCAUCGCCGCCGGGGGAUGAUGAUGACGAUGGCACUCGCGCGCGGCAACAGCAGCAGCAGCAAUCAACAGCAUCAUCACGAGUUAUCGCCGCCGAGGAAUAAGAAUGAGUGUGUCCAACUGUCGUCGAACAAGAAAGCGACACCACCACCUGCUUUGAAUUCGUCGAAUGCUUUGACGACGUUCGAGCAAGUCCUGUAUGGCGGCGUCGCGUUCACGGCGGCGUCCGUGUUAAAGCGGGAAUUCUCCCCGGGAUGCGAACUCAUCGACGGGAAGCAAAUCGCGCAAGAGAUUCGCCAGGAGAUUAAAGAGAAAGUGGAGCGGAUGAAAACGAUCGCGAACGGGAACACGCCGGGUUUGGCGGUGGUUUUAGUUGGCGAGAGGAAGGACUCGCAGAGUUACGUGCGUUCGAAGAAGAAGAUGUGCGCGGAAGUGGGGAUUCGAUCGGAAGGGACGGAUUUACCCGAAGACGCGACGGAAGAGGAGGUUUUGAAAGUUGUGAGAGCGUAUAAUGCGGACCCGAAUAUUCACGGGAUUUUAGUGCAGUUGCCGAUGCCGAAACACAUCAACGAAGAGCGAGUGUUGAAGGAGGUUUCGUACGAGAAGGACGUAGACGGGUUCCACCCGUUGAACAUCGGCGCGCUGAGUCAACGAGGUAGAGAAGAGCCGAGGUUUGUGCCGUGCACGCCAAGAGGAUGCAUCGAGUUGUUGAAACGCUCCAACGUAGAAAUGAAAGGGAAGAAAGCAGUCGUCGUGGGCCGUUCGAACGUCGUCGGUACGCCGGCGGCGUUGUUGUUGCAAAGAAACGACGCCACGGUAACUGUAGUGCAUUCGCGCACGAAGAACCCGGAGGAGGCGAUUAGAGAGGCAGAUAUUGUGAUUGCUGCGUGUGGAGUGACGGAGUACGUCCAAGGUUCGUGGUUGAAACCCGGCGCGGCGGUAAUUGAUGUCGGCAUCAACGCUAAAGACGACGCGACGAAGAAGUUAGGAUACCGAUUAGUCGGCGAUUGCGAUUUCGAGAGUUGCAAGAAAGUUGCCGGGAAGAUGACGCCGGUCCCAGGUGGUGUAGGGCCGAUGACGAUUGCGAUUUUGUUGCAAAACACGUUAGAAGGGGCAGCGAGAAGUUACGGCGUCAGCGAACAACUCGGAUUGAAAAACUAA